GUGCGCUCCACACCUCCGAUCAGGUCCCACUCCAGAAGGCCUACUCGUGGUCGUGAUAGCAGCUCGAAGUGGAAAAGCCGUGACGUCAGCGGGCAGCGAUGCAGUUUAAGAGAGCGCACGGCUGAGCGGACCGCGUCACAUACGCCAAAGCGAAUAAUGCGAAUCAGAAGAACUGCUCUCUCUGCUCCGUCUUCUGCUCCUACUUUAUCUGCUAUUCCCCUCCUUUCAACUACUUCUCAAUUCUCAUCUUCUUGAUUGUUGACGCGAAUUGAUUAUAUCGGCACAAUGGAUACAGCGGCCUCUCCAGAUCUACAGCUCGCGGGCCUCUUCCCGGCCUGGCUCGGGCUAAGCGAACAGCCUUCCUCCGCCGUCGAACAGCAGCAAUUGCAGCUGUCCGAGGAUCUCGACUCCAUCCUCGACUCCUGCGAACGCAUCAACCCCUUGUUGACCACCAUCGACCCCCAAUCCUUCAAUCUCCUACAAUCGCCGGACGUUGUCGCCUGUGACCCCGCACUGCUCAGCGUCGGUCUCUCCCCCUCUGCGUCUUCUCCAUCGGCCUCUUCCUCCGCGACCGAACUCUCGUCCUCCUCGUCGCUUGCUGCAGAUGAAACCUCAAAAUCCGCAAAGCCUCAAACCUCUGUCACCACCACCGUCGCCAUCCAGAAACGCAAACGAGGUCGGCCACGCGUGUUUGCGGAACAAGAGCACUCUGAGCGUCGUCGGGCUCAAGUGCGCGAUGCCCAGCGCACUUACCGCCAGAAAAAGGACCUCACGAUCCAACACCUGCAGAGACGCGUGCGAAGUCUCGAGUCCGUGGUCGAGUCCAUCCAGAGCGUCUUCCUCGACGUCUACGACAGCAGUCUCGAACACGCUAUCGAGUACAAGCUAGGAAACGACUACAUCCGCGACCUCGCAUUCUCUGCCUCGCGCGUCCUUGACCUCACCCAAGCAGCGCUCGACAAUUCGACUAGCGAGAGCGACGCCACGCCUACAGUCCCCGAAGUAAACUACAUUGCUCAUCGGCCGACUUACUCUGGCCCAGACAGCCGCCUAUUCGACACCACACCCGUAUUCGAGAAGUUCCCGAUUCCACAAAUCACAUCGAGCUCUGUUGCUCUAUCCACGCGCGUGCUCGACAGAAACGGCACAGACCGCUACGAAAAACUGCAGGAGGCUCUCUUCCGCUCAUGUUUCCUCAUAGCCAAGAACACUCUCGCGACCAAGAAUCCAACCAUCAUCGCGCGCAUAUUCCCGGAAGGCCUCGACAACCCCGACAGAACCUACAGGGUGAUCUCCGCAGCGCUGAAGCGCACAGACAGAAUCGACCCCUCAAAGUGGUACUUCACAUCAGACGACAACCGGACCUACCCGCGCUACAUCUCCACCACCGCCAUCGCGCGCAAAGUCAAGCUUGCAGAAGAAGUCGACAAGCGUGGGCCGUUUGAUCUCGAUGCUCUGGUUUCUUCGCUCUAUGGACGGGGAGUGAGUCUGGGCAAUUGUCCGCGCUAUUACAUUUUCGAUGUAGAAAUGGCGCUUUCGGCGGCCGAAAAAGUGAGUCCUAUGUAAUAAUAAAUAAAGCGAAUAAAGCAAAAGACCUGUAGAAUCCCAAUAUCUCCUUCACUAUCCCCUCGAUGAUUUCAAGGUAAAAUUCCUCCCAUAUAGGAAUCAUUAGUGCUGGCCAUUGUCUCACCCCGGUCCGUCCCAACUCCACACAAUCUCUUUGUACCCACAAAUAAAGUUUACAGUGUAGCGCAGAAGCUCGGCUAUUAACUUGGCUACUCACCAUCCUUCUUAACAA